UUUUCAUUGACUUCAAUCUCCAGUUUUGCUAAAACUGAUGAAAAGAUACAACUUUCUUUCUUCCACCAUGAAGGCUGCUAGCUAGCUGAUCACCCAAAAGAUGAACUCUCUCAAAUUCUACAUUAUCCUGCUCUCGUUGCUUACCCUUGCUACAAUCACUUUAGCACAGGAGGAUUCCAUUUUCCUCGGUCAUGGUUGCCAAAACGCAACGACCUCCACGAUAAACAGCACCUACCGAGCCAAUCUAAAUCUCCUCCUCUCUUCACUUGCCUCGAAUGCAACCCGAAAUAAUACCAUUGGAUUCUACAACACCUCUUUCGGGCAGAACACUGAUCAAGUGUACGGCCUGUUUAUCUGCCGUGGGGAUCUUAGCAGCACUACUGUUUGCCAAAAUUGUGUCACCUUCGCCACCAAAGAUAUAGUCCAGCGUUGCCCAAUCGGAAUAGCGUCCAUUGUGUAUUACGAUGCGUGCAUCCUACGUUACUCAAACAGGAACAUCUUCUCUAAGAUGGAUCAAAGCCUUUUUUUCUCUCUCUCCAUGUCAAACGCACAGAAUAUUACUAACGAACCCCAGCGUUUUAACAAUCUAGUGGGAGCCACCGUUAAUGAUUUGGCUGCUCGAGCUGCAAGUGCUCCAGGUGCUAAAAAGUUUGCUGCGAAAAAAACGUAUUUCGAUGCGUUCCAAAAUAUAUACAGCCUUGCCCAGUGCACACCGGAUUUAUCUAGCUUUGAUUGCAAUCAAUGUCUCAGUGCAGCUAUAGCUGGUUUGCCCAUUUGCUGCAGCAGCAAGAUCGGAGGAAGAGUCUUGUUUCCUAGUUGUUAUAUUCGUUAUGAAAUUUAUUUAUUUUAUAAUGCAACGGCAGUCGCAAGGGAGUCACCGCCUCCUCCUCCCCCGCCCGUGGCUCUUCCUCCUCCACCUCCUCGUUCAGUGACAAUACCAGAAGGUAAAGUUAUUUUGCACUAUUUAUUGUUUUUGUCAAUAUCUUUAAUCCCCACUCUAACGAAGUUACUAUAGAAUGCACUCGUCGAAAUUUAACUUUUAUCUCUUA